AUGGACGCAUCUGGUAAUAAUCAACCAGGCCUUAACAUUUCAUUCAACCCCAUGAGUUCAGGCAGUAUUGCCGCCACCAAUUCCAGUGGGUAUACAGCUGUUAAUAGCGAAGAUACUGAUCCUGAAUUGACGUACCUGUCUUCCUUGGUUCCCCAAAGCUACGAGGGCGGUCUGCACGUGAAAUCUUAUCAAUUCCACCACAACCAACCCACUUCAAUCGCUCAAAACAGGAUCUGGAACUCACGCUCAAACAACACAAACUCAUCUGGAGUUAACUCUUCCCCUUCCAUGAUUAAUAAUAUGGUGUCUUCACCAAGAACAGAAAAUCAAGGUAUCCACUUGCCUAGUUUCAUGAACAACUCGAUCUUCGACGCGAACUCCAGACAGAAUAACCAGGGAAUUUCUGCCCAUACAAAACAGUUCAAGCACGUAGACUACAGCAGUAUCAGUACCAUGAAAGCUACCCCCAAAGAGUCAUUACCUACUUCUCAGCAAUACGGUGCAUAUGGGCAAAAUAUGCCGGGUCAGAUUAUGGCUAGUUAUGGAAGAAAGAAACAGCUGUCAAUGAAUCAGAGCACUCCCAGCUACAACUCAAGUGUAGCCAGUGUUUCGAGUUUUGAUAACAGAUGCACAUCCUCAGAAACAAAGGGAAAUAAUCAGAACUCUGUUGAAAAAACUACUAAGCAAUCUUUCAACAACUCCUAUGAAAAUUCUGAACGCGAGACGAUCGAGAUGUUGAAAUCCGAACUCAUGUUCAAAAGCCAGCUCAACGAGUCUUUGAAGGAAAAGUUAAGGUUCCUUGAAGAAGAAUCUGCUGUGUCGGAGGACGAAGCUAGACAGGGCGAGCAAAUCAGACUUCCAAAGAACUACAUACAAUUGUUCAGAGAUCUUACCCGUACUUUGAAUGAAAGAACUCAAGAAUUAAAGGAGACGAAAUCCAAAAUUGAAGCUAUUAUUGUGGGAUCUGUCAUGACUAAAGACGUUUCUGUCGACUAUCAGGGGACUUUUGAUGCCCAAGAUAUUGCCCACAGAAUCACAAACAAGUUCACCGUAUUACAAAACGAGAACGAAGCACUUUUAAACAUGGUAAGCUACAGUAAUAAGCAGAGUUUGCUCAUUGAAUUAGGC